AACGGAGCAAAGCAGCAUAGAGACAGCAGCACAGAGGGUAUGGAAAAGCAGCCGGAGAGCUAGAGGGGAACUAGACAGCGUGUUGGCAUCCUCUCUGACGAAAUCCGCGCGAGGCUACUCAAACCUGUCGGCGCGGCUAUCGAUCAAGCUGGUGUAUAUAUAUCUUUGGCACUGUACCCCGGCAAGGCAAGCUGCUGCCGUGUGUGGUGUUUUUGUUCAACACGUCGUCGGUGGCUCAUCAAAGAGAUAGCUGUGUAGAUUGAGCACAGCUUUGCCCGAGGGAGACGGAUGGGCAAUCUCAACAGCAGCUUCUCCGGCGAAAGGGAGGAGCAGGAGCAUGGAAGAACGAGGGCGGAACGGUGGGCUCUCGCCAAGAAGUGUGUUGCGCUUCUGCAGGCAAGUAUCUAUUUUCCGGACACAAACCUAGACACGGUGCUGCUGCUACCGAGAGAGGCGUUUCUUGGUCAUGGACACAUGCCUUCCCACGAGGAGGCCAAGCCACACCUUCGACCGGUGCUAUCGCUUACCGACAAGGCGAAGCACCCCAUGGGGCCGGGCAAGGCGUUGUAUCUCAGCCACUCCCAGGGAGAUCACCUCGAGAAGCGGUGGGUGCCCGGCGACCCUCCAAGGACCGCCAGCGUGGACGAGGCCUCCAAGGCGGCGGCGGCGGCGGCGGCGGCGGCGGCUGGAGCGGUGUCGGUGGCCGUGGCUUGCGCCGCCGCAGGCGCGGCGCAAGCGGCCGCCGGGGCCGUGAUCGCGAAGCGGGCCUCGGCAGCGGGGGAGGCUGCCGACCUCUACGCCACGGCGAGGGCGUUCUUGAUGGAGAACCCCGAGUUCCAGCACAUCUGGGUGAGCGCGGCGUGCAUGCCUCCUCGUCUUCGCGAGCAGAAGUGGCGCGGAGCCGUGCCUUCCGCGGCUGGGUCCAAUAUGUUCGAGCACCUUCACCCGGGGGCUCUGGUGGCGUGCGAUGCGGUGCUCGUGGCCCCUCCGGAGAGGGAAAGCAUGUCGUACAUCGCGGAGCAGAGGGCGCGUUACUCGGACUUGCAGAUGUACAGCACUAGCCCAUGGAAAGCGUUGGAAGGGGUCAUAACGCAGCUCAUGAACAGCGUCAGCUUCUACGCCUUCCGCCUCGGCAAGAAGCUCAUCUUCGCCGGACCCUACCCCGCCUACCCGGAAGAGCCCCAGCCCUCCCCGCUCGACCUCAGGAGGGGCUCCGCCCCGGCGUCGAUCGUCGGAGCCGACAGUCCCGUGGGCGGAAGGAUGGCGACCGAGUCACCUGUAGACAGAGCCAAGGCGGCGGCCAAGCUCAUGUUCUCGAAGGGGACGCGGAUGGGGUGGAACAGCAAGUCGGACAUGAGUGCGGGGGACUCGCUGGAGGAUGGCAGCACGGCGGGAUCGACACCGACAGCUUCGGUGACGACGGCAUCGGUGUCGGACUUCUCCGGGGGUAGGAGCUUUAACGGCGGCGGGGGCGACGUGAGCAGGCGGCGGAGAAGCACGCCGGCGGAGGGGUCGAGAAUAGAGAGAGCCGUUGCGGAGGCGCUGGACAGAUUGGGGAUCAAUGGCACCCUUUCUCCGCCUGAGCGCAACUGGCGGAACGUGCUGCGGCCGUGCUUCAUCCUGAGUCAGACAAGACAGGACGUGGAGAAGUACAGCGACGCGCAGGGCGCGCUCAAGCAGGCCAUGUGCUCGCUCAGCGUCUCCAUAGACCAGGCCGAGGAGUUCUUCCUGGUGUGGAAGCACCUCGCCAUUGUAGGCCCCUCCGCCUCCAACGACCGGCUGGCGGUGCUAAACCUUCUCGUCUUCGCUGUGUCGGUGGCCGACGGCUACUGCUGCCCACGACGGCCGUCCGAUUUCGUGGGCCGUGUGCUGGCGGAGAGCCUCGUCACGCCGGGGCACCUGGACCUGUGGAUGAAGGACCUGUCUCCGGACGAUAGCCGGAACAUCCUUCGAGCAGUCAGCGCCGCCGGCAAGAAGCUCUCGAUCCUGACUGUGGGCAGCUCGCACACCGCGGGCGCGGGGGUGGGCUCUUUCCUGAGGGGACAUCCCUCAUUGAGAGAGCUGGAGCUAGAAUGGGAAGGGGUUCGAGACUUAAAGUCGAUAGCCCAGGCCCUCGGGGAGCACAAGUCCCUCACGAGGCUCAACCUGACCCACAAUGAGAUCGGACCUCGCGGCGCCCUCCAGCUGGCGGCAGCGCUUCGAAAUAACAAGUCCCUGACGGAGCUCGACCUACGCGAGAACAGCCUCGGACCUUCGGGGAUGAAGAGCAUCGCGGAUGCCCUUGCUUCCAACGAAACCAUGCGCACGCUACACUUGCAGGACAACGCGAUCGGAGAUGACGGGGUUAUCGCCAUGACGGAGGCGUUGAUGCGGAACGGGAGGUUGAGAACCGUUUGCCUAGAUGGAAACGAGGUGAGCGACGAAGGAGCUAAGGUGAUCUGCAUCGCCAUCAAGAUGAACCUGGCCCUGAAGAUGCUCAGCCUCUCGAGAAACGCUCUGCCAGAUGAGUCGAAGCGCGCUCUGCAGGACGCGUGGUCGGAAAGAGAGCUAGAGGACGGGGAGUCACGAAGCGGCAUGUUCCUGGACCAAGCGGCGGAGGGCACGGCAUCGGGGCGGGGAUGGAACAGCACCCUGCCCCUCGCCGAAGGCGUGUUUGUCAGCACCAGGCCGGGGCUGGGCCCAGCGGGAAUCGGCGGGGGGAUACUAGUGUCGCCGACUCGCGACCAGCGUCGCAGCAAGACCUUGACGUCGAAGCCGCCAACAGGCUCGUUGGACGAUGGCAACGGGUCGAGGACGGGCGGAGACGAUGGCGGCUUGCUCCCUAGGUUCUCGCGGGUAGGCGAGCAGUUCGCGAGGAAGCCCCUGUGGUGACGUGUGACUUGUAAACAACCCGCGAGCAGGGGUUUUCUGUCGGCCGACCGGCCGACCGGUCGGUCGGUCGUUGCUCGCUUCUUUUUCUGUGCUGUCUCCGAAAGUUUCCUCUGCGUCUUUAUUUUUUGUCUUGGCGCAAGGGUCGAUGUGGCGGUAUGGAUGUUUUUGUCGAAAGAAAAGGAGCGUCGGCGCUCUCCCGCUGGGCGCGCGCCACGGGCAUGCGCAGCUUUGCGAGGCGAGUUCCUUCGGACGAGGAGAGUUAGGGUUAGUUUGUUGUUUUCGUUGCUUCUCUUCUCUUGGUUGUCCAGGCCUCUAAGUUGAGCUAUUAUGGCCGCCAUUGCUCAACGGUAAGUUGCUCUCGUAGGUUCGUGGGCAAGCAGCGAGCGAGCCGGCCUCUCGUCACCUGGCUGCGUUAAAUGCGUUAAAUGCGUUAAAUGCGUUAGAUGCGUGUUGGUGUUGAUUUCCUGGUUAGAUGAUACACGAACGUAUCUCGAGUAAGUACAGGUGCGUUUGGUGUUGAUCUGGUUACCGUUGUUGUUGCUAUUGUUGCUAUGUUGCCAUGUUGUACUAUCGUGUUGUUUUCGGUGGAGUAAGAUAAGAUAAGAUAGGAUAAGAGUAUGUGGGCCUGGUAGCGCCACUCCCUUGUCCGAAUGCACCCCCAGAGAGCAAGCUGAAAGCAAGGCUCGAGGUAGGGUUGGGAAGAGCGAGGGUCACUACUGUGGUUGCUUUGCUAACGGCCGCCGCGGUUGGUUCGUUAGUUGUCGGGGCUUAUUUGCUUUUUGUUGCAUGGUUGUGACGAUGUAGACUGCAACGCUGCCAUAUCAUAUCAUGAUCAUGGCAAGUCAGUCGUGCACGCGCAGUCACCAGGGUUCCUCUCGGCACGGCGUGGCAUCGGGAGGAAAGCCUGUAUCUCAAGAAAAAUUUCGGCGUGAGUUGUGUCAGCGGGGGUUGCCGUCACUCUUUUGGUUUUGUCUGUCUCCGUCUCCGUCUCCGUCUCCGUCUCCGUCUCCGUCUCUGUCUCCCUCUCCUUGAGUUUGUUGGGUUACCGUUACCGUUGCCGUUCUCGUUACCUUUACCGUUGCCGUUGCCGUUACUGCACACCUUGUUGUGGUGUGGGACAAGAAAUGGACAGUGAGCUCGAGACCUUGUCGACCUUUUGUUGGGCGGCGAAUGAGAUGACGAUAUGUAGUGUCACAUGGAAAAGGAGGCGUUGGCAUUGUUCCUUUUGUACUGUACAGUACGUUCUGUUGUAGAUGUUUUAUUUACGCUCGAAAGCGUCGAAAGCGUCGCGUGCCCCGCUACGUCGCGAUGUUGGCCGCUAGCCCAUGUGUCGGCACCGCCACCCUGGGCCCGGAAGCAUCUGCCGCUAACGACCGCGUCCGCGCCUGGUGGUCGGGGGGGCCGGGGUAGAUGGGUAGGUAGGUGGUAGGUGGUAGGCACAUAAGCAAGGCCGGCGGCGAGGAUGAGGGCGGUGGUGGAUGCCUGCUUCACGCGGUGGGUUACGGUAGGCUUUUGGAGCGAGCUUUGGGUUUUGAAGUGAGUUUUACAUGAGAAUGAGCACAGUGCCCUGCUUGCCUGACGUUGGGUUAUUUGGGUCUGCGUGUCAGAAUGUUUUUUGGGGAGGUUCGAGCCCUUUAGAUGCACUAGUAUCGUAAUUAGCAAUCGCAAGGUAAGGUAGGGAUCUGGUUCUAUGUGAAUUGUGCGUGGGUGGGGUGGGUCCAGGCUGCACGAUGUGUUACGCGAUGUUUUUGGUAGCUCCAUAGUCCACCUCCACGGUGUCUCUUUGUGUGUCGUUGGGUGUGUCCGAAUACCAUGCGGUAUACGGCAUGUAUGAUAUGUUUGAGAUUUUUCAUGGAUUUCGCUGCUUGGCGUUUCCCUUCUUAUACGGUACGGUACGGUCCUCCCGGUAGGGAAACAUGUAUUGCUUGCCGGGUCGUCAUUUGAGGUCGCGUGGUGUGGUGCUUGAAAGUCGAAAAAGGGGCCGUACAUUCCGUACCGUAGAUUCAUUCAUGCGGGUCUCCUUGGUUGUUCGUAGGAGACGUACGAGACGUACGCGUGCUUCCUGUUUUGUAGCAGUGUGCAAGGAGCAAACCGUGCAGCAUGUGGUUGCGGCAUAGGUCUACGUGCAAUGCGUGGGGGGGAGGUGUGCAGCUGUGGGCAAGCGCUGGUGGUCGGCGUGGAGCGAUUGUUUUCUCUGGCGUCUAUUCUAGUCUAUUUCAACACACAUGCACGGGAACACUAUUUGUUGCUGUCGUAACGUAAUAAGCGGGCUUUCUUUUGUCCUCUUCGAUUUCUCUUGACCCCAGAUAGUCCAACUCCUUCGCGUCUUGUGCACCAGCCGCACACUUUUACUUGGUCUUGAGUCCUUUCUUUUUCUCGUUCUUUUCUUUUUCAAUGAAGUACCCCGUAGUAUUUUGUUGUGGGCAGGUUAGGUUUUCUUUGGUACCGGGUCUUCGUACGAUGUACGAUGUGCUUGUUUGUUUGCCGAUUUAGAUCGGUGACGCCGUCAAGACAUUGUGUCCUGCUGAUCGCCGCGGAGCAUGCGGCGGCUGUUGGGCUCUGUUGCCUGCCCCAUUAGCUGCCCAUCGGCGCAUAUACCUUACACUAGUUAUGGUAGCAUCGUCUCGUGAAACUAGAGGUAGUGUUUUCGGGAGCAAAGGACAGGGUAACUAAGAUACCAUCCAUCUGGCGGUCGGUGAUUCAUCGCCCUCGUUUAAUCAUCUUUACCUUGG